CUCUCGUGACCCCACGUGACGGGGGCGCGAGCCGAGGGGCCCGGGGGCGUGGCGCUGGGAUCCCCGUUAGUAGCAAAGCGAUCCGACAAAGUGGAACUCAACUUCAAAAUCUCCGUGGGGAUUGGAGUUGGUGCCCGGAGGGCGGAUCCCGACGCCCACGUCCCUGGCCAAUCAGCGCCUGGGAUUCUCUGAGAGACGGAGAAGGGGAGAGGGGCGAGCGGCUCUGUGGUCACAUGUCGCGGGGUCUGGUGGGAGGGACGGUCGCCCAGCGGCGCCCGGCGCUUCCUGUUUCCGGUUCCCGGAGUGGAGCUCAACGAGGCGCCUGGCGGGGACCCUGGCUCUGCCACGAGCUCUGGGACCGGGGUCUGCGGCCGGCCCCUCGCAGGCCCUGUCUCCCAGCUGCGGGCAGUUAUUCAGUCGGGGAUUCUGAGCUUUGGCUGCUCCCUUUGCCCGCGACACGAUGCGCCCCUUCUGCUGCUCCUGGAGGACCGGACCACUCCUGCUCCUGCUGCUGGUCGGGGCGGUGAGGGACUCCUGGCAGACGGAAGAAAAAACAUGCGACCUGGUGGGAGAAAAGGGUAAAGAGUCAGAGAACGAACUGGCUCUGCUGAAGAGGCUGAAGCCGCUGUAUAACAAAAGCUUUGAGAGCACCGUGGGCCAGGGCUCAGACACGUACGUCUACAUGUUCAGGGUGUGCCGAGAAGCUGGCAACCACAGCUCCGGGGCAGGCCUGGUGCAGAUCAGCAAGAGCAGCGGGAAGGAGACAGUCGUAGGGAGACUCAACGAGACUCACAUCUUCAAUGGAAGUAAUUGGAUCAUGCUGAUCUAUAAAGGGGGUGAUGAAUAUGACAAUCACUGUGGCAAGGAGCAGCGCCGGGCAGUGGUGAUGAUCUCCUGCAAUCGACGCACCCUGGCGGACAAUUUUAACCCUGUGUCUGAGGAGCGAGGCAAAGUCCAAGACUGUUUCUACCUCUUUGAGAUGGAUAGCAGCCUGGCCUGCUCCCCGGAGGUCUCCCACCUCAGCGUGGGCUCCAUCUUACUUGUCACGUUUGCAUCACUGGUCGCUGUUUAUAUCAUUGGGGGGUUCCUGUACCAGCGACUGGUGGUGGGAGCCAAAGGAAUGGAGCAGUUUCCUCACUUAGCCUUCUGGCAGGAUCUUGGCAACCUGGUAGCAGACGGCUGUGACUUUGUGUGCCGAUCUAAACCUCGGAAUGUGCCUGCUGCGUACCGCGGUGUGGGGGAUGACCAGCUGGGGGAGGAGUCAGAAGAAAGGGAUGACCAUUUAUUACCGAUGUGAUUGCACUUUAAAUGUCCAGCUUCUUCAGCCCCCAAACCAAAGCAUACUCAGCCAGAUUUCUAAAGCAGCCUCCACUCCGGUCCCUCAUCUCCCCCUUAAUACUGCUCUUGCUUUCCGGUUUGCUUUUGGUUUGCACCCACUUCUCAGUGGUAGAAACACCUUGCCUUUGCUUCCUGUUUUGCUUUCCCUCUUGGGGUGCAAUUGUAGGACAGAGACGGUGUCACAGGCCGACGGCAGGAGAGGCUGUUGCACCCUCUCUCGCUAUCAGAAGGUACAGCAGGAGAGUUAUGGGAACAAAAGGGUGUGGCAGGCUCCUUGACCCUUUCUUUUUUAAACACAUCUUCACAAGUUUUUGAGACACUGGAUUUCUUU